AUGCUUGCGAAUCAACUCGCAAAUGUUGGUGCCAAGGUCUCCGAGCAUCGCCUCGUCAUUACUCUCGUGCGUGGCCUUCCAAAGGCAUACGGCAAUGUGGCUGCCCUUCUUCAGCAAUCCGACCCUCCUGUUCCGUUUCAGAAAGCACGUUCCAUGCUCUUAUUGGAGGAAUCUCGACAGGCGAAUCAGGCUACCAAUGAAGCAAAUGCUUCGGGCUCCGCUCUUCUUGUUGCGGGUAACUCUUCACCCAACCAUGAAUUUCACUCAACCCCUGCUAAUCAUGGAAAUCGCAAUCAACAAAAACAAUACAAUGGUGGUCGCGGUGGUAGUCGCGGCGGCAACAACAACAAAGGCCGCAACAAUGGUGGCCGGAAUAACAAGGGCCGCGGCGGCCGUGGCUCCGGGCAACAGCCGCAACGCCAACAACCACCGCAAUGGAAUGACACCCAAGGGUGGCAAUUCCCACCUUGGGCUGCCUGGGGUCCUACUCCAUGGGCCGUCCCCCCAUGCCCAUACCCAACUUCUCAAUGGGCCCGACCUCCUGCUGGGCCAAGGAUUCACCAACUAGGCAUCUUAGGCCCAAGACCACAGCAACACCAACAAUCUGCCUUCUCUUCUCAAACUCCCUCAUCAGUCGGGUAUGCUCCUACGGAUGUCGAAGCGGCUCUUCACACUCUCUCUUUGACUCCUCCCGAUGAGAAUUGGUACAUGGACACCGGAGCUACAUCUCACAUGACUUCUCAACAAGGUACUCUCUCGUCUUAUUUUAAUUUGAGCAAUAAUCGAAAUAUUAUAGUUGGUAAUGGUAGUGGCAUUCCUAUUCGUGGUUUUGGGCAAACUUCCCUCCCUCCCUUUACCUUAAAAAAUGUUCUCCAUGCCCCUAAUCUCAUAAAAAAUCUUAUCUCUGUCCGAAAAUUCACUUGUGACAAUUUAGUUUCAAUUGAGUUUGAUCUGUUUGGUUUUUCUGUGAAGGACCUUGAUGAGUGA